CGCUACUAUGAUAAUAACGAGAGGCACGGUGACGGCGGCGGCGGCGACGACGACGACGACGACGGCGGCACGGUGGCCGCUUCUCCCGAAGCGAGGGACCCUCGGCCGAGCUUGCCACAACGUCGGUGGGAAACGGACGGACCUACGCAUCUUCGCGGCCUCGGCGAUGUGGUUGGCCCGCGGUAGCGGCCGGCGCGUGGUACACGAGUACGACAACAGCAUCGAGCCGCGGUGGAUCAACGGUAGCUGCACAGCGAUCGCGUCGGCGCUGCCGCGUGUCGCCGACGGCGACGUCCCCCGCGCGGAGGGUUCGACAGCGGCGCGAGUCCCCGGGAGCGACGCGGCGGUGAGCGGCGACGUACGUUUUCCCGUCCGCCGGGACGGACUUCCGCGUUGUUGCGCGUGACCAAGAGCCGCGCUACCAGCAACCAGCCGCCGGAUCGACGGCGUUACGGAGAGUGCGACACGGGGG